AUGGGCCGCUCUGGUGUUCAUUUGGACAAGUUAGGCACCAAAUGCAAGCACUGUGCCAAUGAGCAGUUUUUCGAACGAACAGCAUCAAACCGAAUGAACAGUCCCGCAAGCGCCAUGCACCGAAGCGGCGAUGAGGACAGCCCUCUGCGGGUUUGCAUCGUGGGAGGCGGAGCGAGCGGCAUCAUUUCUGCCCGGCAGAUGCUUGACGAGGGCUUCCAGCCAAUCGUCUACGAGAUGUCUUCCAGCCUGGGCGGCCUCUGGGCCUACCGCGACCAUAGCGAGGAGGGCGUGCCGUCCAUCAUGCGGUCUACAGUCUUCAAUACCAGCAAGGAAAUGAGCGCAUUCAGCGAUUUCCCGCCUCCCAAAGAGACUCCCAACUAUAUGCAACACGCCAAGGUGCUGGAGUACAUCAGGAGCUACGCGGACCAUUUUGGAAUUACGAGUAAAAUACGCCUUCGUCACGAAGUCCUCCGGGUGACACAAGCCGAGGACUACGACUCCACCGGUCGCUGGGACGUCGUCGUCAAGGAUCUCAACGGCAACGUCGAGCGCCGCGAAACCUUCGACGCAGUGCUGGUGGCCUCGGGCCACAACGGGUUUCCCAACGUGCCCACGUUCAAGGGCAUGGAGAAGUUCAAGGGCAAGAUCGUGCACACCCACAGCCUCAAGGACGCAGAACAGUUCAAGGACAGGAGGGUCGUCGUCGUGGGCAUCGGCAACUCUGGCAUCGACGCUGCCGUCGACGCCUCCCGUGUGGCUGCGCAGGUCUACCUGUCAUCAAGAGGGGGAGUUUGGAUGUCCAAGAGGCUUGGGCCAAACGGCAUGCCGAAUGACGCAGCUUUAUCCACAAGAGCGAUGGACUUGAAGAAACGCCUGGUGCCUAGAUGGAUGAGCCUUGAAAAGCCGGAAUCUCGGUUCAAUAACUUCUUCAGCCACGAGGCCUAUGGGCUCCGACCUAAGGACUGCGUCAACAGCCAGCGUAUUAGCAUGAGCGACGUGUUGCCAUCAUUGAUCUUGAGUGGCAUCGUCAUCCUCAAGCGAAACGUGGUCGAGUUUGCGGAGGACGGCAUUGUCUUCGAGAAUGACAAGGAGGUGACAAAGUUAGACGCCGUCAUUCUGGCCACGGGUUACAAGAUCCAGUUCCCCAUGCUCUCCGAGGACGUGAUGCCGGCCGUGGACAAGCAGGUACCACUUUAUAAGCACGUCUUCCCUCCCGGCUUGGAGCACCCGACCCUGGCAAUCAUUGGACUCGUGAUGGGCGAUGGAUCUCCACUCCCCCUUAUUGAACUGCAGGCCCGAUGGGCGGCCCAGCUGCUCGCGGGCAAGUGCAAGCUUCCACCGCAUCACGAAAUGUACCAGGACAUUGCAAGACAAAGAGCUGCACUGUGGCUUCGUUUUGGAAACUCGUUCGAUACCACCAUAUACGUUGAUUGGAUGGAGUACAUGGAUGAUCUGGCGGACAAGAUGGGCGCCAGUCCCAGGAUGCUCAAGUACUUCUUCACCGACCACAAGCUGUUCCGUGCCCUACUGGGGCCUUGUGUGCCAUACCAGUUCAGACUCGAAGGCCCUCAUUCAUGGACUGGAGCACGAGACGCCAUCUUGGGAUCCCAAAUGAGAGUGCACUAUCCGUUAAAUCGCAACUGCACGAGCUUCCAAACAGAGAAGCGCGGCGCCUCGAUGUUUUACAUACUCCUGUCCGUGAUUGUUCUUUUUAUCGCAUUCUUCGUUUAUAACUAGAG